UUAGUGGUAGUGGUGGUGGUGGUGGUGGUAGAGUGCGGGAGUCAGUGUGUUGUCGAGUGUGGUUCAGUGAGGAACUUAGUGUAGCAGCACCCCGACGCUCUCUCCACACCUGCUAGUCAUGAGACACCUGCCUCACCCUCCCACCUCAGCUCCCCAGUUACCGCCCAAGAUGAACGGCAGUAAGGCUCCAUCAGCGCCUCCAGCAGAGGAGAUCACUAAAGAAAUCCGCAAACUGAGCUUCGAUGACAAACAAGCGAGUAACAAAGAAAACAGACAACAGGUGGAGCAGCAGCAGCAGCAGCAGCAGGUGGAACAGUCGUCCUCAGCUCAGUCGCUUCCUCAGGAGUUCGUCGUCAAGUACCUGGGACGUCGCGACGCUGGAGGUCUCUGGGGUAUCAAGCACACGAGGCUACCUGUGGACGAGAUGGUAGGUCGAGCCAAGGAGAUGAAGGCUGGAGAGACGCUGCCCUUCCUCAAGCUGACGGUGAGUGAGAAGGGCGUCACCAUCACAGAGAUGCCACAGAACGUUAACAAGGACUUUCAUGGAGGCUUCUACAACAUUGAUGUCAUCAGCUACGGUGUACAGGACUUGGUGUACACCCGAGUGUUCGCCAUGAUCGUGGUGAGGGAAGAGUCAGGGAACAUCAACACUCAUCAUCCCUUCCAGUGUCACGCCUUCGUCUGUGACUCCAGACACAACGCUCGCAGACUCACCUUCGCCCUUGCUCAAGCCUUCCAGCAGUUCUCCAAGGAGGUUAAGGGCACCAAGGCUGUUAAGAAACCCAAGAAGUUCGCUAUCGACCUCCGCUCUCCGGAGGAGAUCGAGGUCGACCUCAAGGAAGCAGACUCUGAGGCCUAGGAGGACGAGUACCAGCUGCCCAGGAAGACGAGUACCAGCUGCCCAGGAAGACGAGUACCAGCUGCCCAGGAAGACGAGUACCAGCUGCCCAGGAAGACGAGUACCAGUUGCCCAGGAAACUGAAGAGAAAUAUUAAAACAGAAGAG